CGGGGCGGGGCGGGCGCUGCGGCGCCAUGAAGGAGUGCGAGUACCGGCAGAUCCCGCCGGGGGUAGCGGGGCCGGCUACCGGCACCGUCGCUUCCUCGCCCCCGCCAGCCGCCGGCCUGGAGCGGUCCGGUGCCACCCGCCGGCCCCGGCGGAAGUGGGAGGUUUUCCCCGGCCGCAACCGGUUCUACUGCGGCGGCCGCCUCAUGCUGGCCCGGCACAGCGGAGUCUUCGCCCUCACCCUCGGCCUCAUCCUGGCCACCAGCGGGCUCUUCUUCGCCUUCGACUGCCCCUUCCUUGCCAGUCACCUCACCUUGGCCAUCCCCAUCAUUGCAGCCGUCCUCUUCUUCUUCGUCAUCAGCUGCCUGCUCCAGACGAGCUUCCGAGACCCGGGUAUCCUGCCCAGAGCCACCCCGAGCGAGGCCGCAGACCUGGAAAAGCGGAUCGACAGCAUGGGCACCUCUACCUACCGCCCGCCGGCCCGCACCAUGGAGGUGGUCAUAAACAAGUACGUGGUGAAACUCAAGUACUGCUACACCUGCAAAAUGUUCCGCCCUCCCCGCACCUCUCACUGCAGCGUCUGCGACAACUGCGUGGAGAGGUUCGAUCACCACUGCCCCUGGGUGGGCAACUGCGUGGGCAAGCGCAACUAUCGCUACUUCUACGCCUUCAUCCUCUCCCUCUCCUUCCUGACGGCCUUCAUCUUCGCUUGCGUCGUCACCCACCUCACUCUGCGCUCUCAGAGAGAUGGAUUCCUCGCCACUCUGAAGACGACACCUGCGAGUGUGCUGGAGCUGGUGAUUUGUUUUUUCUCAGUCUGGUCUAUUUUGGGCCUCUCAGGUUUUCACACUUAUUUAGUGGCCUCCAACCUGACGACGAACGAAGACAUCAAAGGGUCCUGGUCAAAUAAGAGGGGCUCGGAGUUUGCCAAUCCCUACAGCCAUAAAAGUAUCCUCACAAACUGCUGCGCGGUGCUGUGCGGACCGUUCCAUCCCAGUUUGAUAGACAGAAGAGGAUUUAUCCAGCCAGAUGGCGGGACCCCGUCCAGUCCGAAGAGCGAAAUCCCUUCCUUCGGAGCCAAAACCGACACCAGCAUGAGCCCAACAGCAUGCAAGACCCUCAGACUCGUGCAGAAAGCAGGGAGUUCCUGCUGCGCCCGGGAAGCAAAUAGGUCUUGGGGAGCCACCAGAGCUCUGAGCCCGGAGCGUCUGCUCCAGGGUUUUGCUGUGUUUCCUGCCGGGAAUAUACUGAGGUGGGAGGUGGGGGCUGGUUCCCACUCUGAGCUGGGCUGUGAUGCCUCGUCUGCUGGGCUGGUGGAAGCGUACGUUCCCUGGUAUCCCCGUUAUCUCCGUGAACGCGUCCUGCUGCCCUGCGCCCACGUGGAAGGGCUGUUCUGUCUCUUAAUGGCCGGGUUCUCACCUCGGCCGCUGCCGGAGCGGCUUUUCUUUUCCAGAAGCUGCUGUGCCUUGGUAAGUUGGGGCUGUUGGGCUGGGAGGACUCUGGCUCCCAGCAGCCGUGGAAGCUAGCUAGCGGUCCCAGCUGCUGGUGAUCCUGUUUUCUGGCUGGUCACUGAGAGGGUGUUGAAAACCUCGUUGAGUUUUGGCCCGGCCGGUCAGGAAGACAACGUUUUGCAGCAAGGAUACGAAGUAGGAGGACCCCCCUUUUAACGGGGAAGAAGAAACACACAGCGUUCUGCGGCUCUCGUCGUGAGAUGCUGGGUGGCAAGGCUACACUUGUAAGAUUUGGGAACCUUGGUUUGCCAGGGAAGCCUGGUCAUGUCCUGUCUCCUCCGAAAGGCAACAGCAAAGUGGGUGAAAUCCUGAGGUGGAGCUUCCCAGAGGAAGCAGUUAGCGAGUGCUGGUCUCUGAUAACCUCACGUUGUGCUCUGGGUUUGCGUUUCUGGCCGGCAGGUGAGAGCCAGGGCUGUCCCCGGCGCCUCCGGAGCCAUUCCCGUGUGCCAGGGGCGCAUCCCGGAGCAUUGCUCCGUCCCUGGGGAGGCACGGGAGAGCCGGGCUGGGCAGCUCUGCCUCACCGACACUGGAGCGUGCCUAGAGGAGAAUCACAGACCUCGUUAGCAAUACUUGAAUCAUGUGAUUAAAAGCUGCUGGAUAUUUUUGCACAA